AUGUCAGAAACACCUUGGCGGGUAAAAGAACAUGCGAAAAGGUUCUGCACAAAUCCUGGAACAGUUAUCCCAGCUGCAACUCAUCCAUUAGAAGAGAUAAAGAAAAUUGAAGUUAGUUGGCUGCGAAAAACCACGAAAAAGGUAGAAGAGCCUCCGGUUUCCUAUGAUUUCUUGGAUCCAUUGGGUGCAACUGGUGAUCAAGAUGAUCUUGCCUUUGAAAAUUCAUCGGUUCUAGAGGAAAUUAAGCCAAGAUCAAGGUCGCUGGAUAAUACUUUGGAGCAGAAACAUGUAUCGAAAUUAGGGUUUGAUAUUGAGCUUCCUGAUUUUCAACCAUGGAGAGAGAGAAGAUCUCAAAUUGCUCAUUUAUCAAGGCCCAAUGAACCUGGGAAUAAUUCAACUCGCGCAAGGAUUAAGGAAAUUAUGAAUAAUUUGGAUAACGCCGGAAAUAACCCGCAAAAUCUAGUGAAACCUGUGAGAAAGUUAUCGCAAGAAUUCACAAAUCUUCGGGAAGAAUUGAACCGUCUUUGGGGAAUCGGAGAUCGUGUGGAAUCCUUGAAUAAAGUUGUAAAUGUCACCGAAAUUCUUCAAACAAUUCCAAGUGAUUCGGAAGAAUUUGCGUAUUAUUGGUUGCAGGCAAUCGAUAUUUUAGACAUUUUUGGGAGUCUGGUUUAUGAGCGAUUAUUGGAGAAGACUAAUGAAAUGCGAAGAAUUGCAAGGCAAAAUGAAUUGGGGAAUGGCGAAUAUUUUCAUUCCGAUCAAAUUCCGCAGAAAAUCAAGGAGAUGACGACGAAUUGGUUUUUGAAGGUCUCGGAAUUGAAUGAUAUGAUUCCAAGGUUUUAUGGUAAAAUAAAAUGAUUUCAUGAUCGAGCGCCUCAAGCGCGAGCCGGAAGCUUCCGCUUUAGCGGCCACGUGGCUUACUAUGAUAUGGCAAAAGUCGUAUCAAUCCGCGUGGCCGCUGCGCGGAAGCUUGCGGUAUACACUCGCUUCGCUCGAAACUUUCUAAGGGACAAUUUUUGUUUUUCAGUGGAAUCUGCAAUUAUCAAAUGCCUGAAAUUCCUGGACACUUCGAAAGUUCGGAUAAAUUUGGAGAGAUUGGCGUCGAUGUGUUCAAGUAUGUGGAUUUUGAAAUCUUGAGCUUCCGGCAAAGUUACCCUAACUUCUAGGGAUAAUCUAGAAAGUUAUGGUAACUUUGCCGCUGCGCGGAAGCUUCCGCUUCAGCGGCCACGUGGUUUAAUAUGAUAUGGGAAACGUCAUAUUAAUCCACGUGGCCGCUGCGCGGAAGCUUGCGGUUUACACUCGCUCCGCUCGAACAUAAUUUCCAAGUCUGAUUCUGAAAUAUCUGAUAAAAAUCUGAAAACUGGAGAAAUUUCAGCACAAAUUAUGGGACGGUUCAGUAACUAUAAACUAGUUACUGAAUCGUCCCAUAAUUUGUGCUGAAAUUCCAGCAUUUUUCAGAUUUUUAUUGGAAUUUCAGCGGAGAUGCGGAAGCUAUGCCCAAAUUUUGAAUUUUCGCGAGCGGAGCGAGUGUAAACCGGAAGCUUCCGCUUUAGCGGCCACGUGGUUUAUUAUGAUAUGGCAAACGUCAUAUUAAUCCGCGUGGCCGCUGCGCGGAAGCUUGCGGUUUACACUCGCUCCGCUCGAACAAAAUUUCCAAGUCCAAUUCUGAAAUAUCUGAUAAAAAUCUGGAAACUGGGAUUUCUAGACAAAGUCUGAAAAUUCCAGCAUUUUUUCAGAUUUUUAUUGGAAUUUCAGCGGAGAUGCGGAAGCUAUGCCCAAAUUUUGAUCGAGCGCCUCAAGCGCGAGUGUAAACCGCAAGCUUCCGCGAAGCGGCACGAUCUUCCGCUUUAGCGGCCACGUGGUUUACUAUGAUAUGGCAAACGUCAUAUUAAUCCGCGUGGCCGCUGCGCGGAAGCUUGCGGUUUACACUCGCUUUGCUCGAACAUAAUUUCCAAGUCUGAUUCUGAAAUAUCUGAUAAAAAUCUGAAAACUGGAGAAAUUCCAGCACAAAUUAUGGGACGGUUCAGUAACUAUAAACUAGUUACUGAAUCGUCCCAUAAUUUGUGCUGAAAUUCCAGCAUUUUUUCAGAUUUUUAUUGGAAUUUCAGCGGAGAUGCGGAAGCUAUGCCCAAAUUUUGAAUUUUUCCGAGCGGAGCGAGUGUAAACCGGAAGUUUCCGCGUAAGCGGCACUAUCUUCCGCUUUAGCGGCCACGUGGAUUUUCUAUUAACCAAACAAAUAGUUCCUCUGCGGAAGCUUGCGGAAAAAAAUCAAUAAAUCUUCCAGGAUUCCCAUCAGAUCAAUCUUCCAUGUUUGCUCGUGUCUACAUUUCUCGAAUCGCAAUGCACAUCGAUCCAACUGAUAGAUCUCCUCACUGGCGACUUCUUCAUGAUUGGCUCCAGGCUCCCAGAGAUAUUCUAUCUCAAGGAAUCCCCAAAAACUUUGGCAAAAUUCUCAUUCAAAAACAAAACCUUGUAAUUCAAUCGAUUUCCUGGAUAGUUCAAUGUAUCUCUUUUGGCGCACAUACAAUCGAUGAUUUGGCGCCACUUUGGGCAUACUGUAGAAGAGAACCGAUUGAUGAGAAGAUAUAUAUUCUAGUGAUUGGUUGUAUUCAAGGAAUGCCUUCGAAAUAUUUGGCAAUUCAUUCGAGACAGAUUUUGGAAAUGGUUUUUUCGUUGGAAGAUGAUUAUGAGAUACCAUUGACGAUUUUGGGGAAACGAUAUUGUGAAUAUCCGCCGAGUGAAGAGGAAAGGGAGAAAAUUAAGAGGUGGGGAUUUUUUUUUUGGGGAAUAUUAAGAGGGACAUGAAAUAUGCAUCAAUUUUCACAAAAUAUUCAAUAAAAUCCUAUAAAAAUCAAAAAUUGUUAUGUAUUUUUUGAAACAGUGUGAUUUUUUUCAAGGAAAAAAUUUAACUGUUUCAAAAUUUUUUGAAAUUUGGUUUCAAAGACGAAAAAUCAAUUAUUCUUCGCAAUUCAGAAUUUUUAUGCAUUUUUUGAAACAGUCAAAUUUUUUUGCUUUGAAAUUCAAUUUUCAUGAGAAAAUUAAUUGAAAAAAUUCACUGUUUCAAGAAUUUUCAUAAAAUUUUGAAUGAAAAUUUGAUUCUCGCUAGUCCCCUUCAUUUUUGCAAAUUUAAAAGGCACAUAGAAUGUUUUUAUCUGAAAAUAUUGAUGAAAAUUUCAAAUUUUGCCCCAAUUUUCACAAAUUGUUCAUCAAAAAUUGUUCAGUUCCAAAUAUUUGAGCAGAGUAUCAGAAAUCGUUCGAAAACUGAAUUUUCUAAUGUAUUUUUUGAAACAGUGAACUUUUUUGCUUUAAAAAAUUGUCAAAAUUCAAUUUUUGAUAGAAAAUUAAUUGAAAAAAUUCACUGUUUCAAAAAUUUCAUAGAAUUUUGAAUGAAGAUUGGAUUUUCGUUCAACGAAAAUUUUCUUAUCAAAAAUUGAUAUUUUAGUUCAGUUCCGAAUAAAUCAAGAGAAACGGUUCAACUAUCAGCAUACAUAAAAUGGGUCCCCAGAAUCGGGGUGAGGGGCUUAACUUUUUUCAAAAAUCUGAAGGGAAGGGUGCCUAACUUGGCCAAUUUUCUGCUGAUGAUUUACCAAAAUUCCCAGAUUUGUCCAAAAUUCGCUCAAAAAUGUGAGGAAGGUGUUUAACUUUGGAAAAUUUUCAAGGAGGGACCCUAACUUUGAAAACUGACUCGGGGGACCUAUUUUAUGUAUGACUAUCAGAAAUCGUUCGAAAACUGAAUUUUUUAUGUAUUUUUUGAAACAGUGAGUUUUUUUAUUCAAAAAAUGAUCAAACUUCGAUUUUUCGAGAGAAAAUUGAUUGAAAAGGUUCACUGUUUCAACAAAUUGAUGAAAUUUUGAAUGAAAAUUGGAGAAUAAUCCCUAUCUGUGAUUUGAUUGAUAAAAAUUUCAAAUUUUGUCCUGAUUUUAGAAAUUUUCAUCAAACAUUGAUUGGAUAGAAAAUUUUUCCAAUAUCAUAAUUCCUCUAAAAAUGUGAAGUUUUAUGAUAUUUUUGAAACAGUAACUUUUUUUCUUUAAAAAAAUGAUCAAAAUUCAAUUUUUCAUGAGAAAAUUAAUUGAAAAAAUUCACUGUUUCAAGAAUUUCAAAAAAUUUGAAUGAAAAUUGGAGAAUAAUCUCUAUAUGUGAUUUGAUUGAUAAAAAUUUCAAAUUUUGUCCUGAUUUUAGAAAUUUUCAUCAAACAUUGAUUGAAAAUUAUCAAAAUUCCUCUGAAAAUUCGAAAUAUUAUGAUAUUUUUGAAACAGUCAAAUUUUUUUGCUUUGAAAAAUUAUCGAAAUUAAAUUUUUCAUGAGAAAAUUAAUUGAAAAAAUUCACUGUUUCAAAAAUUUUGAAUGAAAAUUGGGUUUUCGUUGUGAGAAAAAUCCCUAUCUGUGAUUUGAUUGAUGAAAAUUUCAAAUUUUGUCCUGAAUUUAGAAAUUUUCAUCAAUUGAGUUGAAUAAAAACACAUUAUCCAAUAUCAAAAUUCCUCCGAAAAUUCGAAAUGUUAUGAUAUUUUUGAAACAGCAAUUUUUUUUUGUUGAAAAAAAUGAUCAAAAUUCACUUAUUCAAGAGAAAAUUAAUUAAAAAAAUUCACUGUUUCAAAAAACUCAUUUAAAUUUUGAAGUUUGGAAAAAUUUCAAUAGGCAAACUUGCUGAAAUCCCAUCGGAUAUUUUCAAAAAUGAAAUCAGUAAUGGAAAAAAAAAAUCAAAACUGACCCGAAAAUUUUAUGCAAAACCAUUUUUCCACCAAAAUUUUUUCCAGGAAAAUGUAUGUUUCAAAAAUUGGGUAUUAAAAAUUCAAAUUGUUUUUUUUUUGAUAAAUUCAAGUAUUGCCCAGAAGAAAAUUUAAAAAAAAAUUCACUGUUUCAAAAAUUGCUUUAAAUUUUGAAUGAAAAUUGGAUUUUCGCUCAAUACUGGAUGUACAGGGUGACCAGAAAUUAUCCGUGCAAACUCAACCGGUCAUAAAAACUUCAAAAUUUGAUAUUUUUAGAAGAAAUUUUUUGUUAACAAUACUAAAUGCAUAAUGAUUCCAAAAUUAUCACGAAUGUUGAAUUUAAGAUUUUUUCAGGGCUUUCAGGGCCUUCAGCCAGAUUUCUAAAAUGGUGUGAAAGGCCGCGUGGAGUUUUGACUUUGUUUAGUACGUGGAAAACUCCAAUUGCAUUUUUACAACUAUAAAAUGAGUAAGAUAUCUUCUAAUGAUGUUAUUUUUCAAAAUUACCGCUUCAAGUAACCUUGCGGACUGAGAUUCGAUGAGCUUCAGAUCCCAAAUAAAUUGAAAAAAAAAAUGAAAAAAUUUUUUUCGCGAAAGUAAAUUUUUGGUUUUGGUCCAAAUGUUAGGUCUUCAUCAGCUUUAAUGGUCUUAUGAAUAUUUUUAAGUUAGAUUAGACUGAGAAAACAUGAAAAUGUUCAAAUAUGAUCGUUUGUUGAGAAUCGUUGUUGGUUUUGACACUUUUCUCAGUAAAAAACAAGGGGCCGAGGGAGUCAUGACCGCCCAAACCAUCCCCAAAGUCGGAAAAUUUAAUUUCAUUCUGGCAAAGGCAGAAGAAGUCGUCUAAGAUCCUUUGAGGAACGAUAGAAAAUAGUUUUGAGAAUUUACACAGUUGUUGAAGCGAAAAAUGGGGCAAAAUUGUUAACACCACUAGCCGCGGCUCUUUGCCCAAUUUUUGACACAUCAACAUCAGGCGCUCAAGGUUCAAGUAAGAUUUCAAUUUGAUCAGAACUUUUUGUGAUAAUUUCAAAAUACAGGGUGCGCGCGAAAUAUGUGUGCAUGAACUUUUGGCCAUAAUAAAGCCAGAACGUGUCUGAUCACGCUGAGAUUUGGUCUCAAAUUAGCCAAACUAAUUACAAUACAAAAUCCGAAGCCGAUUUUGUAUACCUAGACCAAGUCACAUAAUUUUCUUUUGGGUAUGGUUUUAGAAUGAGUUUGGUUCGAACGCGGCUAUUUUCAAGUUCACAAGACUGUUUCAAAGUCUAAAUUUUGAUUAUUAAUUGAAGUGAUCAGCAAAAAACCUUUACUUUACCUUUCCUGAUAGUGUUCAUAACAUAAAUCCAUAUCUCGUUUCACAAAACUCUCUGAAAAUGAUGUUUAGUGCAACCUACAAAAGUGAAGUUUUCAAAAAAAAACUCCCAAAAAGAGUCAAAUAUCAAUAAUUGUCGAAAGUAAUGUUUGUAUAACCAAUAUUUCUAUCAAACUGUCGUAAUAUGAACAUAUUAUCAUAGUUCAGUCAUAAUCACGAUGAAUUAUUGACUUCUAAUUACUCUAGACCUUGUUUCUCAGAUUUAAUUCAGGUUUCACCGAUUUCUCGAGAGGGAUUUUGUUGUAGGCCUGCUUGUUCUCAAAACCGUAUAAUGAACUCUAUGAAUUUGAAUAAAGGUAGCCAAUGAUGUCUAAAGGCAUCCUACAAAAUCAUAUUUAUAUAACUUCUACGAAACUCGAGUUCUAAUUGGUCAAAAUCAUCAUCCGAAAAAUAGGAAGAGUCGCGUUCUUAUUUUCGCAUUUUCACAAUAUCGCUUCUGACUUCAUACAACCCGAAUUCUAUUUUAAGUGAAGAGAUUUACUUGAAUUCUUGUAAAUGGUGUUUCUUGGAUACUUGUGACUUAAUUUGAACAAUCUAUACUCACAGUUACUACGUGUAUCAAUAUUACUAACACUGUAUGUGAAAUUAUCGCAUGCACACAUAUUUCGCGCGCACCCUGUAGUUAUCUAUUGAUUCAUGCUCAAUCAAAAAAUUUGUGGAAAAUAUCAUGUUUUUAAAUAUUUUACGGCCGGUUGAGUUUGCACGGAUAAUUUCUGGUCACCCUGUAUUACUAAAAUAAAAAAGGUUUUAUCUGAAAAAAAUCGAAUUUCAAUUUUUACAAAAUUUACUGUUUCAAAAAUUUCAUAACAUUUUAAGUGAAUAUUGGAUUUUUGCUAAGGAUUGCAAUUUUCCAAAAAUCAAUUUUUCAGAUCAGUUUGGCUUCGAAUCGCCAACAUCAUGAGUUUCAAAAAAUUCCUAGCCUGCUCAAUUUCCUGGUCGAUUUUCAUCACAAAAUUCUUCCCGAUUUCCGACGCCGAAAAAAUCCUCGAAAUGGUCAUAAUGCGCCUCGAAGUCGAUGAAAGUACUAAAAGACCUGAAAAUUUCGAGAAAAUUGUGGAAUUCAUGGCGGGAUUUCUAGAGAACCUGGAUGGAAAAUCAGAUUUGGAAAGAAUUUUGAAAAAUCGACAUUUUAUUCAGCUUCUUGGCAUGAUUCCAAAAGGGAAUUCGAGGUUUUUGGAGAUUUUGAGAAGGAAAUUUGGAAGAGCUGAAAUUGAAGAUGAAAUUAUUAUUGAGCUAAUUAUUGAAAAAUCAAUAAUCUUUGGGAAAACUUUGGAAUUAUCAAAAAUCAAUAAUUUAGACGAACUUCUAAUUGCUGAUUGUAUUUCAAUAAUUAACCUGAAAUCAAACAAGGAUCUGAUGAAAAGUAUCGAAAUAUUUAUCAAACUUCGAGCUGCUCUUGGACUCCGCCAGAAAAUUGUGGAAAAACUUGUUGAUUUAUUGAUUGAUCUGACUUUGGAUUCCAAUGGGAAGUUGAAAAAUGGAGCGAGAAAAUCGGAAUUUUUGAGGAUUUGUAUUACGAAUUUAUGUGUCACGAUUCCGGCGAUUCACAAUUUGCCGAAAAGAUUUCGAUGUUUGGUGAAAGUUGUGCAACUUUGCUUGCUCGCCAAUUUUUUACCGCAGGUUUGGAGUUUUGGGGCGGGUUAUGACGUGGCAAAAUUAGCGUGACUUUCUAGAUUUUGCAAAAUUUUGAAAAUAUUUCACUGUUUCAAAUAAUUAACAAAAAUAAUUUUUGAAAUACAUAAUUGAUUGUUCACAUUUGUAUUCCAUUGAAAAAUUUGCUGUAAAUUAGAAAAUGUAUUUCUGAAAUAUUUCUGAACAGAUUUUAUAAUGAACAAUUUCUCACUGUUUCAAAAAAAUCCACAAAAAUUGAUUUUUGAAAUACAAAUUUUGUUAAUGGAAGCGAAUUCGUAUCUUAAAAUUCCGUUGAAAAAAAUUUCUGUGAAUUUUUUUCAUAAAACUCUGAAAAUUUCAGCUUUAAAAAAUUUCAUUUUUUUUUGUUUCCAAAUUUUCACUGUUUCAAAUAUUUUUCAAUUGAAAAUUGAAAGCCUCAUGUGAAUUCUGAGGUUCGAAAUUUCGCCUAAAAUUCAGGUAAUGCAAAAUUUUAGCAAAAUUUCAGUUCGAAAAUUUUUUUAAAAAAUAUUGCAAAACUUUUUUGACCCAGGAAAAAACCGAAUUUAUAAAAUACUGCUCAUAAUUUAUAAUGAACAAUUUCUCACUGUUUCAAAAAAUCCAUAAAAAUUUAUUUUUGAAAUUGAAAUGUUGUUUAAGGCAAAGUAUUUUUAUCUUAAAAUUCUGUUGAAAAAAAUUGAAAAAAUAUUCUGUGAAUUUUUUUCAUAAAACUCUGAAAAUUUCAGUUUUGAAAAAAUUUCAUUUUUUUUGUUGCCAAAAUUUCUCACUGUUUCAAAAAAUCUACAAAAUAUUUUCUGAAAUACAAAUUUUGUUCACGGUAAUGUAUUUCUGUCUUACAAUUCUGUUGAAAUUCUGUGAAUUUUUUCAGAAAAUUUCAUAAAACUGAAAAUUUCAGUUUUGAAAAAAUUUCAUUUUUUUGUUGCCAAAUUUUCACUGUUUCAAAUAUUUUUUAAUUGAAAAUUGAUAGCCUCAUGUUAAUUCUGAGUUUCGAAAUUUAGCCUAAAAUUCAGGUAAUGCAAAAUUGUAGCAAAAUUUCAGUUCAAAAUUUAAAAAAAAAAUUGCGAAACUUUUUUAACCCAGGAAAAAGCCGAAUUUAUAAAAAACUGCUCAAAAUUUAUAAUGAAAAAUUUCUCACUGUUUCAAAAAAUCCACAAAAUAUUUUUUGAAAUUCAAAUUUUGUUCAUGGUAAUGUGUUUUUGUCUUAAAAUUCUGUUGAAAAAAAUUGAAAAAAAAUUUCUGUGAAUUUUUUUCAUAAAACUCUGAAAAUUUCAGCUUUAAAAACAUCUAAUAUUUUUUGUUCCAAAAAAUGUCACUGUUUCGAAUAUUUUUUAAUUGAAAAUUGAAAGCCUCAUGUUAAUUCUGAGGUUCGAAAUUUCGCCUAAAAUUCAGGUAAUGCAAAAUUUUAGCAAAAUUUCAAUUCGAAAAUAAAAAAAAUAUUGCGAAACCUUUUUGACCCAGGAAACAAUCGAAUUUAUGAAAAUUGGUCAAAAUUUAUAAUGAAAAAUUUUUAACUGUUUCAAAAAAUCCAUGAAAAUUUAUUUUUGAAAUUCAAAUUUUGUUCAUCUUACAUCUUACAUCUUACAAUUCUGUUUCAAAAAAUUGAAAAAAAAAAUAACUUUUUGUUUCCAAAAUUUCACUGUUUCAAAUAUUUUUCAAUUGAAAAUUGAAAGCCUCAUGUGAAUUCUGUGGUUCGAAAUUUAGCCUAAAAUUCAGGUAAUGCAAAAUUUUAGCAAAAUUUCAGUUCGAAAAUUUUUUUAAAAAAUAUUGGGAAACUUUUUUGACUCAGGAAAAAGGCGAAUUUAUAAAAACUGAUCAAAAUUUUGAGUUUACAAUGAAAAAUUUCUCACUGUUUCAAAAAAUCCACAAAAUAUUUUUUUGAAAUUCAAAUUUUGUUCAUUGUAAUGCAUUUUUGUCUUACAGUUCUGUUGAAAAAAAUUGAAAAACAAUUUUUUUUGUUUCCAAAUUUUCACUGUUUCAAAUAUUUUUAAUUGAGAAUUGAUAGCUUCGUAAAUUCAAUGAUGAAAAGAAGAUUUAAUUUAUAUUUAAGAAAAAGCCAGGAGACUGAAAACUUCAGAAUUUAUGGUCAGAAUUGGCUAUAGCCAAAAAAGAUUUUAGACAAAAAAAGAGAAAAAUGGCUGAAAUUUUCAGAAUUUACGGUUAAAAUUGACCCACAACGUGAUUUUUAGCCAGCCGUUCUAGAAAAAAACGAAGGUUUAUGUGAAAAAUUUUGAAGAAUUUUUUCACUGUUUCAAAAAAUGCACAAGAAAAAGUUGAGAUUUUUGCGUUUAAUCAAUUAAUUUUUCAAAUACAUAAAAAUCUCAUACAAAUUCUGAAAUUUCAAAAUUUUGCUGAAAAUCUGAUGAAUCUCCAGUCAAAAAAAUGUUCGAAAAAAAUUAUUUAUAAACAAUUUUUUUCACUGUUUCAAAAAAUUGAUUUGGAAAAAUUUGAGAAUCUGAAUUUUAUUGAUAAAAAUUUUGUUAAAAAUCUAGUUGACAAACUUUUUAUCAUGAACAUCUUAUGAAAAUUCUGAAAUUCGAAAUUUUGCUGAAAAUCUGAUUAAUCCAGGUUCAGAAAAUUUCCAGUCAAAAAAAUUUUGAAAAAAAUUUUUUUCACUGUUUCAAAAAAUUGAUUUAAAAAAUUGAGAAUCUGAAUUUUAUUGAUAAAAAUUUUGUUAAAAAUCUAGUUGACAAACUUUUAAUCAUGAAAAUCUCAUGCAAAUUCUGAAAUUCGAAAUUUUACUGAAAAUAUAAUGAAUCCAGAUUCAAUUGCAAAUUUUCCAGUCAAAAAAAUUUUUUUUUCACUGUUUCAAAAAAUUGAUUUGAAAAAAUUUGAGAAUCUGAAUUUUGCUAAUAAAAUUAUAUUAAUAUUUUGUUUCAAAACUUUUGAAUUUAAAAAAUUAUGAAUUUAUAACAUUCUAAAUAAAAAAUUCAAAUUCAAAAACCAUAGGAAAUAUUGGACCUUUUUAAAAAUUUUCUCAGAAAUCUACGCGGAAGCUUGCGAAAAAAAAUAAUUUUUUGAAAAAUUCUGAAAUUUCGCUGAAAAUUCAGAAAAUCAAUGUAAAAACAUUUCAGAAAAAUAAAAAUUCUCAAAUUUUUCUUCCAGAUGGACUCCACAACUCGCCGCCUCAUCCAAACCCUCGAAACAAUGUCUGAAACUGCACAGCCUUCUGAAAUCCUCCCAUUCAUCUCUCAACUCUUCGCUCUUCUCAUUUUCAUCCCCGAUCCUCCGGAAAAACCGCAACUCUAUUAUUUCGAAAAAAUUUGGCGAUUUUUACUGAGUUUUGAUGCGAAAUACCGUGAAGAACCCAGGAUUUAUGGUGAAAUUUUGGUGUUUUGCCUGAGGUAUUUGUGUGCGAUGCGGAAUGCGGAAGGCGCGGAAAAUGCGGUACUGUAUGCGGGAGAUUUGGAAUUUGGGUAAGUUCGCGCCAAAUUUUGACCUACAGUACUCGAAUUUUUCGCGCCAAAAUUCCAGAUCCCAUGUUGAUCAAUGCAUAGAUAAUGUUAUGGCCAAAAUUCUGUCUUUAGCUGAUGAACCUAUGGUUUCACUGAUGAUUUUGGAGAAUAUUGUGACACUUUUUGAAAUUCAUGAAGAGGUGGGCAUUUUUGACGUUGAAAAUGGUCUAAAAAAUUGAAUUUUUCACCGAAAAAUCCCAUUUUUCACCUAAAAAUUCCCAUUUUUCACCUAAAAAUUCCCAUUUUUCACCUAAAAAUUCCCAUUUUUCACCUAAAAAUUCCCAUUUUUCACCUAAAAAUCCCAUUUUUCACCUAAAAAUUCCCAUUUUUCACCUAAAAAUCCCAAAUUUCUCCCAAAAAAUCCCAAAAUUUCUUGCAGAUUCGCUCAACUCUUCGUGGACUUUUAAAACGUGCCUAUUCUACUGAAAAACACAAAAAACGCCUCGAAUUUGUGAUUGAAGAUUUGAAAUUAUUAGGAGAAAAUGAUGAAAAUGUGAUGCAAAUAUUGCAGAAAUUAUCGAUUGUUUCUUGA